CCAGUUCUCUCAUUUACUACACUACCCAUAUCACCUUGCGGUCCUUAACGGAAGUCCUUUCCUUUCCGCCGUUGCUGACUCCCUUCCUAAAAUUACACAGGCGGGUCAGGUCACCAUGGCAGCCCUCCGACCUCUUACCAAGCCGAAGAUUGUCAAGAAGAGGGUUAAGAAGUUCAUUCGCCAUCAGUCUGACAGAUAUGUCAAGGUCGCGAAAAGCUGGCGUAAGCCCAGGGGUAUUGACAACAGAGUCCGCAGGCGGUUUAAGGGCCAGAUGCUGAUGCCCAACAUCGGUUAUGGCAGCAACAAGAAGACCAAGCACAUGCUGCCCUCUGGCUUCAGGAAGUUCCUGGUGCACAACAUCAAGGAGCUUGAGGUCCUCAUGAUGAGCAACAAGACCCAUGCUGCUGAGAUCGCCCACAACGUGUCUUCCAAGAACAGGAAGCUGAUUGUGGAGAGAGCAGCCCAGCUGGCCAUCAAGAUCACCAACCCCAAUGCCAGACUCCGCAGCGAGGAGAACGAGUGAUCCAGACAUUAUUUCCCAAUAAAACAUAUGUUUAAAUGUG